AUGGCGAAGGAUCUGAUGACGACCAAGUUCGAGCCCAUCCAGCCCGAGGGCCUGGCGCUCAUCAUGUUGGUGGUGGCGGUUGUCAUGACCGUCCUGUCCAGCGCGGUGGUGUGUCUGCGUUUCCACGUCCGCAUCACGCUGAAGUCCUUUUCUACCGAGGACUGGUUGAUGCUUGCAGGAUGGAUCAUCAACCUCGGACACAAUGCGUCCGUCAUCGUGCUUGCAUACAGAGGAAUCGGGUCCCACGAUGAUGUUAUCACCGUCGGCAUGAUGUACCAGAUCGGACUGUGGACGAUUAUCUGGCAGUUUCUCUACGUGCUGGACGGUGCCCUCAUCAAGUCCAGCAUUAUCUGGACGCUGCUCCGGGUUGCCAAAGACACAAGGAAGAUAUACCGACACAUCCUCUGGGGCCUCUUUGCGCUGUGCUGGAUAGUCUGGCAGAUCUCGUGGCCCGUUGCCAUCUUCCAGUGCAAGCCCGUCUCUGCCGCCUGGGGCGAGCCUGGAGACUGCACCUCGGGACAGCAGGUUAUUUUGCACGUCUCCUACUUUGUAUCGGCCGCCAACAUCUUUACGGACAUUGCUACCGCCAUGGUGCCCGCGUUCCUGCUUCGCCAUAUGCAGGUGCCCAAGAAGGCCAAGAUUGCAACUGUUGGUAUCUUGUCCCUGGGUGUUUUCGCCGCCGUGGCUACGACUAUCCGCAUCGGCUACACCUGGGCGUACACAGCGAAGGUUGACAAAUAUUACACCAUUGCCAAGAUCGUCCUGUUAACAGUUCUCGAAUGCGAUCUCGGAAUCAUCUGCGGCUCCCUGCCCAUGCUGCGGCCCCUUUUCCGAAGACUGGCCUCGACCUACGGCUCUGGCGACCGGUACGCCUCGCGCCCCUCCGGCCACAACAUCAACCUCGUCACCAUCGGCGGCACCGGCGGGCGCCGCACGCACGUGAAACUGUCCAACCCGGACCCUGACACGGUCAACGGCGACCGUGAUCGCGAUUUGCACUCCUCGGAGGACGGUGAGUCGACCCGCCGGAUCAUCCAGGUCCAUGUCACGCAUGAAGUCAGGCAGGAGACCGCGAAGGGAGACGAGGGACGUGAUGGUGUGCAGUUCCAGGUCGCGGUGGGGAGCCCGAGAGAUCAGGAGCACGGCUCGGAGUUGAAGAGUGCGAGGUAUAACUGA